CACCGACUCUGUGGAAAGCGUUCGUUGGCAGAGAAAAAGCGAGUUUUAAAUAGGCGAAGGAGAGAGAGAGACAGCCAAUUUGCAUUCUGAACCCAACAUCUCUCUCUCUCCCCCUCUCUCUGUCUCUCGUGGCCUUGAUUUUUCCGAUUAUCGUUGGAUUAUCUCACCGAUUUCAGAAAUCAUCUGGUUCGAUUUUGUGCACCAAGAUCGGCCAGACCAAACCGGUGGGGCGUUGUUUGGAAACUAGAAAAGAUGGAGUCUCAUGAUGAGACAGGAUGCCAAGCUCCAGAACGCCCCAUUCUUUGCAUUAAUAACUGUGGCUUCUUUGGAAGGGCAGCCACCAUGAAUAUGUGUUCCAAAUGUUUCAAGGACAUGGUCCUUAAGCAGGAGCAUGCUGAACUUGCAGCAUCAUCCAUAGGAAACAUAGUGAAUGGUGGCGCUAGCAGUAAUGAAAAGGACCCUGUCAUUUUGGGUAAGGUGGACGAACAAGCCGGUCCAGUUGAAAGAAAGUUUUUUUCAACAGAACGGUCGAGUGAUUCAUCCUCAAGCAACUCUUUUCAGAUGCCUGUGAAAGAGGGCCCUAGUAGAUGCACCACUUGUCAAAAGCGUGUUGGUUUAACCGGCUUCAACUGUAAGUGUGGAAACCUCUUCUGUGCAAGUCAUCGCUAUUCUGACAAGCAUGAUUGUCCCUUCGAUUAUAGGAAAACUGCACGGGAUGCUAUUGCAAAAGCCAACCCUGUUGUGAAGGCAGAAAAGCUUGACAAAAUUUAGGAUUCAUAGCUUGAAGUGAAAGGUUAUGUACUGAAGUAUGAUUCCUCUUUCUCUAUCCGUGUCUUUGUAUAAGUUGGCUGCUUGUCUUGUUAGGUGUCCUUUGCUGAUAGAAAUGGUUCGUUCAGUUCAUGAUAGUGAGGACAUCUUUAGGACAAGUCUUAUUCCUUGUUGAUUGGUGAGGAUUCCUUUAUUGGCUCAAAUGUGUGUAAGCCUUUAUUUAUGCUGGUUUGAUGGACGUCUUUGGGGUUCCUUGUAAUGAAUUCUCGGUUGGUAUGCAUUUCUUUCUGGUAGUACGUGGAAAAAUGCCAUUUUUCCGUCUUCA